GACGAAGUAGAUCUUCUCACACCCCAAAAAAAAAAAAAAACAGAGCAAGGUCGAGAUCGGAAAGCAGAGUCGUUUUGAUUUCUGAAAACACUUUUAGGAAAUGAGUGCUCGAGAUAAACAGCACCAUCAAAAGGAUCAGGCUUAUCGGGACUCCCUUAUUGAAGAUUUGGCAGAUGAUUUUCGUUUGCCAAUCAAUCACAGGCCUACAGAAAAUGUAGAUCUGGAUAAUGUGGAACAAGCUUCAUUGGACACGCAGUUGACAUCAUCUAAUAUUGGUUUUAGGCUUCUUCAAAAAAUGGGAUGGAAGGGGAAAGGUCUUGGGAAGGAUGAGCAAGGAAUAAUUGAGCCAAUAAGAUCUGGGAUCAGAGAUCCAAAAUUAGGUGUUGGAAAACAAGAGCAAGAUGAUUUUUUUACUGCAGAAGAAAAUAUCCAGCGGAGAAAGCUCGAUGUUGAGGUGGAGGAGACUGAAGAACAUGCAAAGAAGAGGGAGGUGUUAGCAGAACGUGAGCAGAAAAUUCAAAUUGAGGUGAAAGAAAUACGCAAGGUGUUCUAUUGUGAUCUAUGCAACAAGCAAUACAAAUUGGCUAUGGAAUUCGAGGCUCACCUUAGCUCAUAUGAUCACAAUCACAGAAAGCGUUUUAAAGAAAUGAGAGAAAUGCAUGGUACAAGCAGUCGGGAUGAUAGGCAAAAACGAGAACAGCAACGUCAGGAGAGAGAAAUGGCUAAGUUUGCUCAGAUGGAGAAUGCUCGUAAGCAGCAGCAGCUGCAACAGCAACAGCAACAGGAAGAUUCUGGGUCUGCUCCAGUUCCCACUGAAGUGAGAGUUGCUACUGCACUCACAGAUCAGGAACCGCGGAAGGUGUUGAAGUUUGGUUUUUCUUCUAAAGGUGGUACCUCCAAGGUGUGCCCAAUCUCUCUCUCUCUCUCCUCUCUAAUAUCCAAUCUGAUUUUAGGACCUUGGAUUUGUAUGCUGUAUCUUUUAGUUUUGGAGUCCUUGAUGCCAUGGACUUCCCAUGCAACUGUACAUACAUAAUAUUCAUGCAUGAAGUUAUACAUACAACUGUAAUCAGGUGCCAGAUUAUUUAAUUCUUCAAUGUCUGGUUAAUGCUGCAAUGUCUGGGACACAUCUUGUCAGUUGUGUCUCACAGCUUUCCUUUUAGACCAAUAUCAACUCACUUUAGAGUGUAUAAUUUGGGGAGGAUAUCCACUUGUCAGUUGUCACAAUCAUGACUUCUACUGAACUUUUAUCUAUACUAUUUAUAAGAGGAUUCUCCUCUUUUGACUGGACUUUUAUCAUGUGGUUAAAAAGUACCCCCAAAUUUUAUGUUUAACAAGGAAAAAACUUGAGGACAAUCCAGUAAAAAUAUAUCUCUAACUCCACUUAAAAUGCCUACAAAAUAGAAUACUCUCCUACUAAUCCAUGUCUUCAAAACAAACUUAUUCAAAAUUAAAAAAAGAAAA